AUGGACGAAAAAACCAAAAACGAUAUUAUUAAACAACUUACAUCGGCACUUACACUAAAUAUUAACACUCAAAUUGGGAAGGAAAUGGAAAAACUAAAAGAAGAACUUUUCUCAAGUUUUGGUUCUAAGAUUAAAGCCAUUGAAAAUAGCUUAUCUGAAUCUAACAAUGCAAUCAGUCACGUGGGCCAAAAAGUUGAUGACAUCAUAGAGAUUAACAAAAGAAACCAGAACCUUCGCCUUGAGCGUGUUCCAAUCUUAGAGAAAGAUGAUCUGGCGCUUUAUAUGAAGAGACUUUCGGGUUUUCUUGGAUAUGAAAGAGUACCUGAACAUCAAAUCUAUCGCAUUGGAAAACAUGACAAAGUUUCUACCAUCAUUAUUAAAUUUCCAACGGUCUUUCAUAAGCAAGAGUUUUUCAAUCGCUAUCUAAAAAAACCGAAAGAGUUAACAUUAAGAAUCAUCAUUAGCUCUAAACAAAGCGAUUCAAGAUGCUUUCUAUCAGCUGAUUUAUGUAAAUCUCAAUAUGAAAUAAACAAGAAAGCAGUUAAACUGAUGAAGGAAGGUCAAAUCAAGCAGGUUAGAGUUGAUCAUGGAUACUCAAUGAUAAAAUCCUCGACGAACGAUACCUUCAAGAUCUUCCACUCAACAAAAGAGCUCGACGAUUAUUUGAUCAAGAAGACAUAA